AUGCAAAUUUCAUUGCAGAACCCUUUCUUGUUCUUUGGUAUUGACAAAUUUGAGAAUAACCAGAACAACAAUCAAUUCUUUGAAGAAGACAAGUCAGAUCCUCGCCUUCGUCUGGAAAAUCCGUUUGUUGGCUUUUGGUUGAUUUGUUCUGAAAUGUUUGAUUAUCCAUGGGCAACAACCUUUGACGACGACUACUAUAACGAGCCGCCUUCUUCAAUCAUCCGUGGUAUCAAGUUGAAACAAAAAUGUUUGGCACCUUUUCAGUCCUUUUUCCGACCAGAAAGUUCAAAUCAUCACAUACAACAUGCAAUUCAGAAGAUCAGUGAUCCAAUGAACGACCAUUUGGACAAUGCGGUAGGCCCAUCUCAUUUGAACAAAACGAUUUUAGUGGAUCAAAGGAAGCGUCAUCGUAAUCUGACUGACAAUAGAUAUGAUGCACUGGUGGAUGAUGACGGAUUGAGUGGGGAAAAUGCUCACAAUGCCGAGGCUGCGGACAACGAUGCCACUACUAUUGACGGUGAUGCCUACCAACAACCAAAUCAGGACGAUGAUGACAAUGAAAUACUAGUGAUGGAGGUCCAAAACAAUCCAAGACGCCCACCACUCUCUUCAGAUGAUGAGGACGACGGAGAUGAGAAUGAUGAUGAUAAUGAGGAUGAUGAUGCGGUGAGCAACGGGGGGUUCAGACAGAAUCUGUAG